CACAGCUAAGAAAAAAAAACAACGUUCAGUUCUUCAAUCGAUCAUCUAACGGAAAUCGCGUACCCAUACUCGCACAAAGUUCUGCAAACUUUGAAGUCAAAGGCGCAGAAAGGAAUACGUUGAAGAUGAUUGUAAUGUGAAACCAAGUGUGGUAGACGGAUCCAAAAAUAAGCAAACACAGAAACAAACCAACUCCUACACAAAAACAGAACAGAGAUAAGCAUCGAAGGCGACAGCAAAUGAGCAAGUGAAAAUUGUGUCUAAAAGAUUGUAAAUUUGUGAUAGUGAUCAGCUUGAUACGAAAGGCAAUUUGGUAAUAUGUUCACGACAAUCAAGUGGUAGUGAAUGCGAAUGUGAUAAAGAAAAAAAAACGAAAACGGUUCAUAAUAACAAAAGUUCUCCAAGCAUUCCAAAACCGAUAAAACGCAAUGGUUGAUGCACUGUCCGAUCCAAUAACUGAUCACUUUGGGCGUCAGUUAUUGCACUGGCUUGUUGGCUACUCAUCCUCGUGGUAUUUGUCACUGAGUGGAUCUGAGUUUAUCGAUAAUUUCAAGAAGUUAGAAAGUGGUGCAUCGAUUUUGGAGCAAGGUUUAGGCGCAAAGUUUGACGAGGAAGACGAAGAAACCAAUGCCAAUGUUCAUCGUGCCAGUGCCAAUAGUGAUCGUAACAACAGGUCGAGAAGUGUAAAUCAAGAACGAGCCUGGAGACUGAUAAGGCGAGACGACCCGAUUGUUGAGUACGGUCAACGGAAUUAUGUGAACUUAAUGCUGGUGGAUAUUAUGGAAAACUGCGAGGAAGGAGUUCCCGUUGAGAUGUUCAACGUGUUGGCCCCGUUUCAUCAAAACAGCGGUGCAGCAGCAGCAGCCGCUACUGGUGGGGCCACCGCACCCGGCAAUCAGAACGGCCCGGCUGGUGGUCGAGGAGUGGAGAAUAUGCAAGUGACUCAACCCUGCAGUGCGCCAUCGUCACCGACCAUCACCUCGCCCGGUGCCCUCAGUUCGACCUCGUUCUGUCUACCGACUGGAGUCAGUAGCACCAGCAGUGGAGGUAGCAGUGUCAUUACCAGUACUACCGCGGCGGACACGGGUGAUCCAAACUGGCAGGCCACCAAGAGCACCGUUCGGGAGCGGAAUGCGGCCAUGUUCAACAACGAUUUGAUGGCGGACAUACGUUUCAUUGUCGGGACCGAUGAACAAGUGCAAACCAUACCGGCUCAUAAGUACGUGCUUGCUACCGGAAGUUCCGUCUUUUAUGCCAUGUUUUACGGCGGACUGGCCGAGAAUAAGCAAGAAAUUAAAGUUCCUGACGUUGAACCGAACGCUUUCCUAACGUUACUGAAAUAUCUCUACUGUGAUGAGAUCCACCUGGAAGCGGAUAACGUUCUGGCCACACUGUACGUCGCCAAGAAGUAUAUCGUUCCCCAUCUGGCGCGGGCCUGUGUCAAUUAUUUGGAAACUAGUCUAACGGCAAAAAACGCUUGCCUGCUGCUGAGUCAGUCGAGGCUCUUUGAGGAACCGGAACUGAUGCAGCGCUGCUGGGAAGUGAUUGACGCCCAGGCGGAAAUGGCCAUCAAAUCGGAGGGCUUCGUCGAUAUAGACCUGAAGACAUUCGAAACCAUUCUGGCACGGGAAACACUCAACUGCAAAGAGAUUCAUCUGUUCGAAGCUGCCCUGAACUGGGCUCAUGCGGCGUGCACAAAGAUCGACAUAGAACCAACGUCCAACAACAAACGGCAGGUGUUGGGACCAGCACUGUAUCUGGUUCGGAUUCCGACCAUGUCACUGGAGGAGUUCGCCAACCGCGUUGCUCAGCUGGGCAUACUGACCAAUCAGGAGACAAUCGAUAUAUUUUUGAACUUUACCGCUAAGAACAAACCUAAAUUGACGUUCCCGGUUAAGACAAGGGCGGGCCUGAAGACCCAGGUGUGCCAUAGAUUUGCCUCGUGUGCCUACAGGAGCAAUCAAUGGCGCUACAGAGGACGCUGUGAUUCGAUUCAGUUUUCCGUUGAUAAGCGGAUAUUCAUUGUUGGCUUUGGUCUGUAUGGAUCAUCCACUGGGGCGGCGGACUACGAUGUUAAGAUUGAACUGAAACGACUGGGGCGAGUUUUGGCGGAAAACAGUACAAAGUUCUUCUCGGAUGGUUCCAGCAAUACGUUCCAUGUGUUCUUCGAGACGCCCAUUCAGAUCGAACCGGAAUGUUUCUACACUGCAUCGGUGGUAUUGGAUGGAACCGAGCUGAGCUUCUUUGGGCAAGAGGGAAUGAGUGAAGUUUGCGUUGGAACGGUCACAUUUCAGUUUCAGUGCUCCUCUGAGAGUACCAACGGUACCGGAGUUCAAGGAGGACAAAUUCCUGAACUCAUCUUCUAUGGCCCGAUGGGGGUUAGCAGCCAAAAUUCUGGGCUACCAGGAAGCAGCAGUAACAAUUCUAUCAACAAUAACAAACCAAACGCCUCUGUAAUUGGAGGCUCAACCGGUAGUUCCAGCAAUUCAUGUUCAACUCUAAAUAACGUCAGCCCAUACUCGAACGGAAACGCAGACAACGGCCCGAAUGUGCUGGGAACCGUCGCACUGCUGAACAACGAAAGUGACUGAUUGGUGCAGGGUAAGAAGGACCCAAAAUACUGAAAAUUACGUGAUACAAAAUGAGAGAACAUGAAGGAUCCAAUAAAUGUUCAAAGACAUAGAGAUAUUAUUUUUGGCAGGAUAAAACUGUUAUCCACAAAUUUGAAAUUUCUUCUAUAGAGGUUAAUAACAGCUUCAGUAGUGCAAAUAUUUAAAGGCUUCAAUUUAACUGAAUACAGCAAUUUUAGUUUCAAAUAUUCGUCGAAAGAUAAACCUUGGUAAAACUAUCAAGAUGAUGGUAAAAAAAUUCCAUAAACUAAUCAUCAUCAAUAAAAAUAUUCCUUGCAAAUAAAAUCUGUCAAAAAUUACGGAUAAUUUCGCUCAAUUGCCUUAUGUUAGUCUGAUUGAAAUUCUUGUUUGAGCAUAGUUGAAUUUGCGUUAAAAAAAACAGGAGUGGACGUGCGACUUAAAUUCGAAUGAACUAACUAAUACUAUAAAUUGGUUACAUUAUUAGCACAAUACUAGUCAUCUUUAAUUUACAAAUGUUCUGUCUUUUUCUGGCUCGCUUAACACUGAUUUAUCAUAACAUUUACCGACUAACUAUCCAAAUUGAUUAGCAAAGUUUUAUUUUUUUUUCCCAUGUAUAUUGGUAUUAAUUGAGCGCAAAGUCUAGUAACUAUGCCACAACUAAGAGUAUUCUUAUUCAACUAGAAGAGAAUUAGAAACAACUGUAACCUUGGAUAUUAUCACGGAACGGCAAUGGUGCAAACUACAAAACUAUAGACAAAAGCAUGAAAGAUAUAAGAGUAAUUCAAUCAAAUCAUAUAUGCGACGGUUUCUUCCUAGUAUGUAAGAAGGUGCAUCUUUUUACGGGCAAGAUAAAGCCAGCAAGAUGCACAAAACGAAUACGGAGAAUCUAACUGGUUAUUGCGGUAAGCGUAUGAUCAUCGAAAGGCUGAAUCCAAAAAUAAAUGAGAGAAAAUACUAAAAACAAUAUUUUGCAUUACGGAGUGAAUAUGAUCAACAAAUACAAACAGGUUAAUCAACAAAAUUCAUAAAAUAUAUCCAUAUUUAGAAGACAUGUUAGAUUGGAAAAUGCAAUGCAUAUUAAAGAUAACCAUUAGCUCCAUCCACAUGUAAGCAAAUAAAACAAGUCAAGGACCAUAAGGUUUAUUUUUUAUGGCAGCUUUCAUUUAAGAUUUAAUGGUGCAUUUUGUUACGAUCAUACAUUAGGCCCUAUCUCUCUACAAAAACAAACUUAGUCAGACUUCUAAUUUCAGUUUGUUAUAUUCUAAUAUCAUUAGACUUAGACAUUUCGCUAGCCACACACUAUGGUGUGGAAAUUAGUAGGAAACAAAAAUAAAGAAUUAUGAAGGAAAACACGCAGUAAAACAGUUACGAUUUACAAUGAUUCUCACUAUUAUUACUUAUUGAUUAUUCUAUUAAACAUAGUUCUACCAAAACGUUUGUAAUGUUCAAAGCAAAGAAGUACUGAAAUAAAUUAUUGAUACAUG